AUGGCUCUAUCAAUCUCACAAGUCUCUUUCGAGCACCACCGCGCCGCCCUGGGGAUCGGGGAGUCGAGCCCUAGAAUCUCGUGGCGGUUCGAGGGCAACGUCUCCGACUGGCACCAGGGGGCCUACGAACUCGAAGUCAACCGAGGGGGUGAAUCGAAUUCAUUCCAUGUCAACUCCUCAAGCUCGGUUCUCGUUCCAUGGCCAAGCGACCCGCUGGAGUCUGGCGAGGAGGCUAUCGUCCGAGUCCGCUCGUUCGGCCGCCAGAACCAGCCUGACUCGCCCUGGUCUGAGCCCGUUGCUGUUGAGCCAGGUUUGCUGAGCGAUGAUGACUGGCAGGAUGCUGUUGCUAUUGCCUCGGAUAGAGAGACCGAGGUGAACAGCACGCAUAGGCCGAUCUACUUCCGCAAGGACUUUGCCGUGGAUAAAGAGGUUCUUUCGGCAAGGCUGUAUAUCACUGCUCUGGGUCUGUACGAGGCUCAGUUGAACGGCCAGCGUGUCGGCGACCAUGUCCUUGCGCCUGGCUGGCAGGCGUACAAUUUCCGCCACGAGUAUAACACCUACGAUGUCACGGACCUCCUGAGUCAGGGCCAGAAUACGAUUGGGGUUACCGUUGGGGAGGGCUGGUAUUCUGGUGCCCUUUCCUGGGAUUAUACACGAAAUAUCUACGGAGACACCCUUGGUGCUCUGUCGUUGCUGGCGAUUAAGACGUCUGAUGGUGAGACAACUUAUAUACCCACGGAUGAGACGUGGAAAUCAGCCACUGGGCCUAUUGUCUCGUCUCAGAUAUAUGAUGGGGAGGUCUACGACUCGACUCAAGAUAUACAGGGAUGGUCCUCGCCGGACUUCGACGCUUCGGAAUGGCUGGGGACUCAUGAAGUUGAGUUCGACAAGAGCGUUCUGGCUGCUCCAGAUGCACCGCCUGUUCGCCGCAUUGAAGAGCGAAAGCUGGAAAACAUCUUCUCGAGUGCGUCGGGGAAGACGGUCCUCGACUUUGGACAGAACCUCGUUGGAUGGCUCCGGGUUCGUGUCAAGGGUCCAAAAGGGAGCACUAUCAGCUUUGUGCAUACCGAAGUCAUGGAAAACGGCGAAGUGGCAACCAGACCAUUACGAAACGCCAAAGCAACAGACAACAUCACGCUCUCGGGCGAAGACCAAGAAUGGGAGCCCUCAUUCACAUUCCACGGCUUCCGCUUCGUCCAGGUCGAAGGCUGGCCAGAGGAAACAGAAUUGAAUGCCGACUCGGUCACGGCCAUCGUGGUCAACACGGACCUGGAGCGGACGGGGUUCUUCAACUGCUCGAACCCUCUCCUUAACAAACUCCACGAGAACAUCAUCUGGUCGAUGCGUGGCAACUUCCUCUCUAUCCCGACUGACUGCCCGCAGCGCGAUGAGAGACUCGGCUGGACUGGAGAUAUCCAUGCCUUUUCGCGUACGGCGAAUUUCAUAUACAACACCGCUGGAUUCCUCCGUGGGUGGCUGAAGGAUGUGCAUUCAGAACAACUGGUUAAUGACUUUGCCCCGCCAGUUGUUAUUCCAAACGUAGCGAACAUGAACCAGGCAGCCUCCAUCUGGGGCGACGCCGUCGUUGCCGUUCCCUGGGCCCUGUUCCAAACAUUCGGAGACAGGGGAAUGCUCAGGGAGCAGUACGCCGGAGCCCAAGACUGGAUCGACAAGGGCAUCCUACGAAAUGAAGUCGGGCUAUGGAACCGCUCAUCCUUCCAGUUCGGAGACUGGCUGGAUCCCCUGGCACCGCCUGAUGAACCUGGAGAUGCGACAACGAGUGCGUAUCUGGUUUCAGACGCCUAUCUCAUCCAUAGUACCGAGAUUCUGGCCAAUAUAUCAUCGUACCUCUCGCUCAAGGAUAAUGCGGCGAAGUAUACCCGGGACCGCGCGAAUCUCACGUCUGCCUUUGGCAAAGCCUGGAUCUCGAGUAAUGGGACCGUUGCGAAUGAGACGCAGACUGGGCUUACGCUGCCGUUGUACUUUAAAUUAUUCGCGCAGCCUUCGCACUACGACAAGGCGAUAUCCCGGCUUACCGAUAUCGUCAGGGACAAUGAAUAUAAAAUCGGGACUGGGUUUGCCGGAACACAUAUCCUCGGCCAUGCAUUAUCCGAGUACGGCGCCGCGGACGUUUUCUACAAGACACUGCUCCAGGAGGAGGUUCCUGGCUGGUUAUUCCAGGUUAUAAUGAACGGGACGACGACCUGGGAGCGGUGGGACAGUAUGCUCGCGAACGGAAGCGUCAACUCGGGCGAGAUGACCUCGUUUAACCACUACGCUGUCGGGUCUGUGGGCAGCUGGAUGCAUGAGAAUAUCGGUGGGUUGAGUCCGGCUGAGCCUGGGUGGAAGAGGUUCAAUGUCGAUGUUAAGCCUGGGGGUGGAUUGACGCAUGCUGAGGAGAGUUUCCUGACCCCUUAUGGGGCUGCAGAGACGAGGUGGAGGGUUGAUGGGGGGAGGUUUAGCUUGGUUGUUAGGGUUCCGCCCAACACGCAGGCUGUUGUGAAUGUCCCUGGUAGUCCUACAGAUGGGAAGAAGAGGGUUGUUGUUGGGUCUGGUGUGCAUCGCUUUGAUAGUCGAGUGGACUAG